AUGAUUAAAUCGACAUUGAUAUACAGAACUGACGGUAUCCCACUUGCAGGUUCAGUGGAUGAGGACAGCGAUCCUCAAUUACUCGAACAGAAGAAGAAAGUGAAGUUUCUCAUGUCAAGAAUCACGCCAAACUCUCAGGAUAAGGCAUCCAUUGAGUCUGGUGAGUUUCAAAUACAUUAUCUAAUAUCCAACAACAUCGUUUACUUCGUCAUAUGUGAAAAAUCGUAUCCAAGAAAGUUGGCAUUUUCCUAUUUACAAGAGAUUGCACAGGAAUUCUUCCAAUCUCAUGGUGCAGAUGCUCUAAGACAGACAACAAGACCAUAUGCCUUUGUCAGCUUUGAUAACUACAUGCAAAAAACCAAAAAGUUGUACCAAGAUGAAAGGGCACAGACAAACUUGGACAAGUUGAAUACCGAUCUUGCAGAUGUGAAAACAGUGCUUCAAAAGAACAUUGAAGAUCUGCUCUAUCGAGGUGAUAGCUUGGAUAAGAUGAGUGACAUCUCGAGUUCCAUCAGAACGGAAUCAAGCAAGUAUAGAAAAGCUGCACGUAAGAUUAACUUUGACCUGUUAAUUAAGCAAUACGCUCCUGUUGCUGGUGUUGGCCUGUUAUUUGUAUUCUUUAUUUGGUAUUUCUUCCUGAGAAGUUCUAAGUAA